AGCGGGAGCGCGCUCGGCGGCAGCCGGGAGCCCGGCAGGGCACCUCCAGCGCUGCUCCGGCCAUGGAUCCCCUGCCCAAAGACGGCGAGAGCGCGGCGGGCGGGGAGCCCAGCCGGGGCGCUGCCCCUUCCAGCGGGGUGGUGGUGCAGGUCCGGGAGAAGAAGGGCCCCCUGCGCGCAGCCAUCCCCUACAUGCCGUUCCCCGUGGCUGUCAUCUGCCUCUUCCUCAACACCUUCGUGCCAGGGCUGGGAACGUUUGUAUCAGCUUUCACUGUGCUGUGUGGAGCCCGGACUGACCUCCCUGACAGGCACAUAUGCUGUGUCUUCUGGCUGAACAUCGCUGCUGCGCUGAUCCAGAUCCUGACAGCAAUCGUGAUGGUCGGCUGGAUUAUGAGUAUAUUUUGGGGAAUGGACAUGGUCAUUCUUGCAAUUUCACAAGGCUCCAAGGAGCAGGGAAUCCCACAGCAGCUGUAGUGGCUGGGACAAGUAUGUUCAGAGAAACACGGCGAGCGAUUUCCUUGGGCAGCUGUGGGCCACGGACCUUCUCAUUACCCUUUGUCUCUCUUCUUCCUUUUGUUUUGUGCCUGCCCCCGGUCCACCUGCCUGUCCAGCGGAGCGGCGGUACCGAGCACCCGAGGGAGACUUGCACUGACUGAGCAGCAGAGUUGGGCACUGCGCCUUGGGACUGGCCCCGGCGAGCCAGCGAUGGGCGGCCAAGGAGGAGGAAGAGGAGGGUGCCAAGAGGAGGGAGGCCCCUGGGCAAGGUGGCACCCGGUCAGGCAGUGGCACCAAGGGGGUGGGAGAUGCUGCGCUCUUUGCUGUCCCAGCAGGAAGUGGCCAGAGCUACUUUGCCUCCUGUUUCGCUCGCUGUUAAAGAAAACCAGCUGUGAACAUCAAAUGCCAAGGAGCUAUUAAUAGAUACGUGUACAGUCUGUAAAAGCAAACAAGUUGUACAAUUUUUCCCCUCCAAGAAGCCAUUCUUGACUGCUUCGUGGCAACAAAGGGCUCAGCCCAGCCUCCUCUGCUGUGUAUUUAUGAUGCUCGGCGAAGCUGUAUUAUUGCAAACGUCUCGAGAAAUGUGUUCCCUGUAAAUCGUGUUGUACUGCUGAACUGAGUUGGGCCAUUCCCUCCCUCGAUCCAUUGGCACCAUGCGAGCACCUGCCCCCACCGGCCCCAGGAAGCUCCUGCUGGCAGCAGGCAGGGCACCCCAAGCUGCCAAAAGCUGCUGCUGUAAAGGCUUUCCCUCCCCUUCCCCUGGGAGGGAUGUGCUGGCAGCAUCCCCUUGCUUUGGAAAUGGAUCCCUGCAGUGCAACCCACGGUACCGGCUGACACGGUGGCUCUGCUCUGCUACCCACGGGCCAGAAGAACCACCCAGCGCCUUCAUUCCCCCCCUGCCCCGGGUGCACGUUGCAUCCUGGAGGUCUCACUCAUGCCUGCAGGAGCAAAGCCCCGGCCUCCUCCUCACCGGCCACAUCAGCUGAUGCUCCCACCAGAACAUUCCCCUCUGCCUCCCCUCGCAGUUACGGUGCAGCAAACACCAGAAGGCUGUGGCGGUGCUUCUUGCUGAUCCCUGCCCACAACCCAGCUGCCAACCUGGACUCAGACGUGUGCCACCCAGCCGGCUCCAUAUCAUCCUUUGCUUUGUGAGUAUCAAUGUUUUAGGUGCAAGUGUUGCAGCUAAAGAGCAAUAGUAACUUAUGAAGACCCGCAACCGCUUCGCCACCAUCAGCCAGCAACGAACUAUUUUCUGCUGCUCUUUCCUGAUUGUGAAGACCAGGUUUUUCAAAAAGGGCUGCAACGAAACAGCUUCAGCCAGGCUGAAAUGCUGCUUUACUGCUUGUUGGGAAGCACUGUCAGGUAGAGACCAAACCAAACACUUCCCUGGCAUUGUGGUGAGUCGUUGUGUCGCUUAGCUCUGGAUCAGCUGAAGCACUGCAAAGGGGAGAGUGUGGAAAUGUUGGUGCAUCUGUUGGUGUUGUCGGUUCUGUACUUAUCAUGGAAAAAGGGCCAUGGAAAACGCUCGCUGUCCUGCCCAAAUCCCAAGAAAGCCGCAUGGUCCUCCCCAAGUGCAUCGGCUGCCCCGCAUUUCACUGAAGACCUUUUGCUGGACGCCGCUCCUUGGCACAGCCUCUGUGCUGUGGGAGGUGUUACACAGAGCUCCGCCUCCAGGAAGCCCACACAUGGAGACUCACAGCCCCCAUACUCUUCAGGGGCAGCUUCGUUCCAUCCCGCUGUUGCGUCCUCACCUUUUUGGGAUGAGCCACGCACGCGCUCAGCCGGCAGAGCCUCCUCUCGCCCUACAGCUGCACAGCACCACGGGGGCACCGCACAGGGCUUUCUCCCACAAGUACACUUCUUUUUUGAGCUGCUCAGUCUGAACAACACCUUCUACACGUCAACACCAACGCUUCAUUGGCACUCAGAAUGGCCCGAGAAGAGCCCUAAAUGCAGACAGGCCUAACGUUCCUUCCAGCCUAAAGUGAAGGCUUCCCCCAGGUGCUCAGUGGCGAUGCAUCCCCGUGGUUCCCAGCUGUGGUUUCUCUGCGUUUGUGCACACAACUCAUUUUCAGGCAGUUUUGGGAUUGAUUUUCCUACCUGGAACUCAGCAUUUCCAGUCCGCCUGCAUACCACCCCAAGCGACCGUGGCACCAGAUGAGCUGGGAUAAGUGCAGCGAGCCCAGCAGGAGCCCGUACCACCUACCAGCCAUCCUUCUUCCCCAUCGUCUGUAAUCGUGACCUCUCCCUGCACUCACCCAGAGGGCAGCAGCACUCCCUCGGUAUGCUUCCGCCCUAGUGAGGAGGGAACCGAUGCCUGCGUGCAUCAUCUGCUCCCUACAUGGAGUUGGUGCUGGUGCCCUGACGUUCAGCCUGCCUUCUGUUUCUGUGCUGGUGCCCGACCCGACCCCUGCGGUCAUGGAGGAGGGCUCGUGUGCCCACUGAUCUUGCCAACUGGUUGUGAUGUGCUGUGUUUUGAUACUGUGGAUUUUUUCCUCUCUCACUCUCUCUUUUUUUUUUUUUUAAGUUAAAUAUAUUCUAUUGCUGUACA